AUGGUUUCCCUGCCACUACUCGCACCUUCCAAGGUUGUUUCGGCGCUGGUGGUCCUGCUCGGACUGGCUGACAUCUGCACUGCAGCAGUGCAGUGCGAUAUCAUCGAUGACUCGAGCUGCGGCAGGCGCCACCAGAGUCACCUGCUGCCCGUCCAAGUCGGAUCGACAUACUAUGCGGACGGCUUCCACGGCGGUACCAUAUACGCCAAGUUUGAGUCCUCGGUGCCCUCCGAUUCCAGCCAAACCAGGUACCGGACCCUGACGUACAACUUCAACCUUGGCGACUACGACGGCACGUACUGGGUCAUUCUCCCUUCGUUGUUUGCCGACGCCGAUACAUGUUACGCAGUCUACAAGAACUGCGAUGUCGUAAUGACGUACUUUGACACCCAGAACCCGUUGCCAAACUAUUACACCCUGGCAUAA